AUAAAAUUAUAGAGAUGGAGACUAUGAGAUCUUUUAUGGAUGUCUUGGAAAGAGUAAGCAUAUUAUAUUUAACGGUACAAUACAAGAUUUAUUGAUGAUGAUCACUACAUCCCUAUUACUUCCUUGAAAAUUAAAACUAUGAGACAAUGAAAACAACAAAAUUGCCUCAAAACCCAAAACAAGCCAUUAGAAUCGUAGGAAAUAUAGCCAAAAACAAUUCAAACCCAAAUCAACCUAGUUGGUCGUAUAUCAUUAGAAACCACCUUUCUGAAGGAGCUACUAAUCAAGUGCUUUCUUUAUACACCCAAAUACGCCAAACAGGACUCUAUAUAUUUGGUGUGGUUCCUUUGAUUUUCAAGGCAUGUGCUUCUGCUUCAACCCAAACUUAUGGCAAAUCUUUGCAUGCCGAAUCCAUCAAGUUUGGGGUGGCUGUUGAUUUACAUAUUGCUUCGUCCUUGCUGAGCAUGUAUUCAAGAUGCGGUAAUUUGAUUGAUUCCCGGAAGGUGUUUGAUGAGAUGCCUGAGAGAAAUGUGGUGACAUGGAACGCGAUGAUUGGUGGGUAUUUUAAAAAUGGGGAUAGAGAAUCUGCAUUGGAAGUGUUCGAAAAGAUGCCAAUCAGAAGAAAUUCAGUGACUUGGAUUGAAAUGAUUGAUGGGUUUGCCAAGUGUGGAGAUACUUUCAAAGCAAGACAGUUUUUUGAUAGAGUUCCAUUGAAGUUAAGAACUGUGGUGACUUGGACAGUGAUGGUUGACGGGUAUAAUUCAAAUGGAGAACUAGAAGCUGCAAGGGAGAUUUUUGAUAUGAUGCCAGAAAGGAACUACUUUGUUUGGUCAUCAAUGAUUUCUGGGUAUUGUAAGAGAGGCAAUGUUAAGGAAGCAAGGAACUUUUUUGAUAGAAUUCCUGUUAGGAAUUUGGUGAAUUGGAAUUCAUUGAUUUCAGGUUAUGCACAAAAUGGGUUCUGUGAGGAAGCUUUGCGCAUGUAUAAGAAAAUGCAAAAUGAAGGUUUUGAACCUGAUGAAGUUACCAUCACAAGUGUUUUAUCUGCCUGUGCACAGUUAGGUGAAUUAGAUAUUGGAAAAGAAAUCCAUUAUCUUAUUAAGAAGAAGCGAAUGAAGGCUAAUCAGUUUGUUUUGAAUGCGCUAUUAGAUAUGUAUGCAAAGUGUGGGGAUCUAGCCCAAGCAAGAUUGAUAUUUGAAGGAAUGAGUCAUAGGACAAGCGUCUGCUGGAAUUCCAUGAUCUUAGGUCUUGCUAUUCAUGGAAAGAACCAAGAAGCUCUUGAGUUUUUUCAAAGAAUGGAAGAAUCGAAUGAGAUGCCAGAUGACAUUACUUUCCUUUCUCUUCUAUCAGCUUGUGCCCAUGGAGGUUGUGUAGAUGAAGGGUUAGAUGUUUUCUUCAAGAUAGAGACUUACGGUUUGGUAGCAAGCAUCAAGCAUUAUGGUUGCUUAGUGGACCUUCUGGGACGCGCUGGGAGAUUGAAAGAAGCUUUCGAUUUAAUCAAGAGAAUGCCAAUAAAGCCAAAUGAUGUAGUUUGGGGAGCUCUGCUUGGCGCUUGCAGGAUUCAUUUGGAUACAAAUAUGGUAGAGCAGGUGAUGCAAGAUGUUGGUAAAAUGGACGAUGACAUGGAUUCUGGGGAUAAUUCACAUCUUGUACUGUUGUCAAAUAUUUAUGCAGCUUCAGACAGAUGGGAAAAGGCUGAAAAAAUGAGGACAGCAAUGGUGAACAAGGGAUUUCAAAAGAAUCCAGGACUCAGUUCAAUUAUACCCAAUCGUAUGGAGCUGCCAAUUAGUUCCCAUCAACUUUGAUCGAAUAAGAUACCAUCCCAUCGCUCUUGGACCAUUAUAGACUAUGCACCGAUGCGUGAGCUUGACAAUGCAAAUCCCAAUGUAACAGAAGAUUGUAGGGGUUGGUUAAAUAGGUUAAUUUGCAAAAGGAAUUCUUGGUUUUUUUCCCCCUUUUCGUAAUACUUUUGUCAUAAUUAAAAAUUAAUUGUUAGUAAAAGGAAAUUGUAGGUUAAAAUACACAGGCAAUUAAUGGUAUCUCCAUUUCAGACAAGAAAUAAAGAGGGUUCUGAUUUAUUUUUCAUACCAGUUUAUGUUAAAUUAAUCCAACUUCCUUUUUAAUUCUUAAGAUAA